AUGCGGUCUUUGGUUGUCUUUCAUGUUUAUAAAUAAAUACAGUUCCCGGUGAAAUUAGAACUCAAUGUUUAAGCUGCUUAGAUGGCUUUUUUCUUCUUUAAGGUUCCUCCAUACAUUAAAACUUCAAUCUCUGCACUCCUGAUUGCUAGAAUACUCACAGCUCCUUCAUAAAUGGAUAGACAUGUGGCGGCAAUUGCUAAGCUUGCAAUUAAAAAGAUGGCUGUGAGAUAUGUCCAGGAGAGAAUUAAUCGAAAGGUUGGGUAACAGCAAUCUAAUUUAAAAAUGGCAAUCAAAUGUUAAACUGGAAUUGAGUGUAAUAAAUGCUUAAAAGAAGAUAUAACUAAAUGUAGCGAGUGUAACUUCCCUGUUAAUCAGAAAUCUAUAUUGACUGGAGAUUUUGAAAAUCCAUGCACAUAAUAGAAUGAUAUCUGUCUAGAUGCAGUGACUGAAUAAGAUUGCUAGGCAUGCAUUUAUGGUUACAGUCUAUUUACUAAUGCAGAUGGAAACAAGCAAUGUCAUUAAUGUGAAACAGAUUCAAGCAACUCAUAUGGUUCAACUGAUUCAUUUCCUGUAAGAUGCAAUUUUUCUGUUGAUGUCUUGACUGGCUUACCUAAAAUUGAAUAAUUCACAGCUUGCUCGGAUGGAUUUUUCGAUUAUCUAGAAAAUAAGUGCACAACUAAUUGUGGUAUUGGAAGAUAUGGUGAGGUAAUUUUUAAUGAAAGAGGUAUGAUUGAGACUUCAGUCUGUAGUACUUGUGAUGAUAAUUGCUUUGAGUGUGCAACUUAAUUCCAAUGUAUUUCUUGCAAAAAGGGAUAUUAUUUAAAAACUGAAACAAACUAAGUAACAAGAGGUUAGUGUCUAAAAAAAUCAGGAACUGCUAAUAUGACAAUAUAUGUUGACAGUGUUUCAGGCAUGAAAUCAACUGAUUAAACGACUGGUUUAAGUCUUAACGAUCCUUUUUAUUCAAUUCAAAGUGCAAUAACUAAAGCAUAUGAAUAUGGAGCAAGCUACGAGAACGCAAUUGUAAAUAUAAUGCUAGCACCAGGAAAAUCUCACGCUAUGCUUCGUUACAAUGAUAUUGUUAUUUUACCAAGAGCCUAUGAUUAAAAUUCCUAAUCAACUAUGAUCAAAAUUGAUACAAUCGAUGGAACUUAAGUUAAAGUUCUAUACAAACUCAGAGACAAGUUUAAUUUCCUAGUUGGUGGAGGGUUAGAAAUAAGAAAUGUAGUGUUCGAUGCAACUGAUUCAAUUAUAGAUUCCAGAUUUACCAACUUUAAUAUAUCACUUUUAAGUUCAAAUGAAUACGCUUGCUUGAAAGAUCCAUUAAACAACUGUUGCAACAUUUCAAAGGAUUUGACUAGCGGAAAGUAUGUAAUAACUGGACCUGAUUUCUGCUAGCUCUAAGUAUAGCCAAAUGAUUAGUGUCAUUUACCAAUUGGCGGUUCACUAAUUUAGUUUGACAUUACAAGUUAAACAUCUCUGACUUCUCCGUAGACUCUACUUCUUUAGAAUGUUAUUUUUGAAAACUUUGUCUAUGAUUUCAAUGCUUUAAUAGAAUUAAAUGACUUUGGAGGCCAAAUCACUCUCAUUAAUACUAGUUUUAUCAAUAUAAAUUCUUGUGGAAGUGUCAUUAGAAACAAAAGAAUCGAUCAAGUUCUCAACUACCUUAAGGAGGGUUUCCUGACUCAAAAAUUAUUGAAAUCCUUUGAAAUUCUCAAAAGCAUACUACCAAGAAAUGAUUUAUUUUCAAAUAUAUGCGACUAAUCAAGUACAAGCCCGUGUUUUAGUUUAAACAUAUCCGGAGGUAUCAUUUAAGAUUUUGGCUAAAUGACUGCCUUUUCUUAAACACCUAUUUGGGAAUAAGAAUUAGAUUAAUACUAAAAUUAUGGAUUUAAAUCUGCUAUUCAAUUAAGAUCAUUGAUUUCAAUAGUCAAUCACGGUAACUACAAGAUUGAGAUUGCAAAUAAUGAUUUCAUCUAAAAUUCUGGCACGAAAGGUGUUAUAUAUCUGGACAUGAAUCAUAGAAGUGACUAAAAUACAUUAAUAAUUGAGGAGAACAGAUUUCAAAAUAAUUUUGGAAUAAUUUAAAGCAAUGUCCUCUUUAUUAGAGCGAGAGGUUAAUAAGACUAGGAUGUUUACUACUAAGCACUUGAUAGUAAGUAAGAAUUAUGCCUUGGAUAUGCAAUAAAGAAUAAUAAAUUCAUUAAAAACUUCGGAUUUCAGGGAAUUUCAGGAGGUUCCAUUCAUUUUGAAUGCACAAAUUAUUAAAUGCAAGAAUAUGCAAAUGGGAUUAUUCAAUUAGAUUCAAUUGAACAAACUGAAGAAGCUAUUUCAAAUUCUCUAUCUCUAGAGAACCUUGAACUUGAAAACUAUAGUUUAGCUUUAGAAGGUAAUACCUAUAUUGACAAUACUGCUUCAAAAUAAAACGGCAUAGUAAACAUCAUAAAUGUAAAGAAACUCACAAUGUAAAAUGAAACAUUUAUCAAUAAUACUGAUGCAUUCUUAUAAAAAUCAACUAUUCUUGCCAGGAAAAUACUUUAAGAAUACAUGCCUUAAGAUACAAAUUAAGAGAUAAAUAUAUUAGGCAUUGAUACAGAUUAAAAUCUCGCUGCUUCACUUAUUAGAUUAGAGAGAUCUAGAUAUGUGUUAAUAAAUUCAAUCAAUUUUGAUUCUAAUUACUUGAUAGAACCAUAGGCAAGCAUUAAUAGAGCGCAAGCUAUUUUUCUUACUGAUAUAGUAGGCAUAAUAUAAAUUGAUUCAAUAAAUUUGAGAUAAAUGAGAGGACCCAUUCAAUAUCUUUAAUCAGAAUACAUAGCUUCAAAUGAAAUUCAAAACUCCAAUUUAUUAGAUGGUAGUUUAUUGAAUGUUUUACAAACAAGUAUUAACACUUAUUAGAUAAGAAAUUGCAGCUAUAAUAACUGGAGAAUAGAAAAUAUAGCUUUAAGAUAAAAUACAUAUUCAGACAUUGAAAGCUUUAUUGGUAUUCCAAUUAAAUUUAUACUGGAAUAAUUGCAGCAGACCUUUGAUUUCGUUAAAUAGUUCUGA